CGGUCGGGUUUAAACGGUUUUCAGUUUUUUUUACGCCCCUAAUCACAUAUGCCCAUGGAACCGGGGACUCUGCUCCGUCUCCCACAUAAAGCGAAGUCCACUUAGAUCCACCAGUCACCAGUGCAGCCUCCCAUGAAUCAACGCCCCUAUCAUCACGGCAAAGUAUUGCACAUACGCCACGAGGAGACAGAUUGACAGACCGAGAGAUAAAGAGAAAAAACAUGAAGGCUAACGCGACGACUUCGUCCGUGAAAUCCUCAGCAGAACCAAAACCAGAACCAGAACCAGAGGCAGAAAUCAGUCCCUCCUCCCCUUCCAUCUCAGCUCUUGAGGCACUUUCUGUACACCUGAUCUCUGGGCUGGGCCUGGGUCUGGCCCUUCUGCUGGCCAACAAUGUCUACUCCGUCAACCUCGUCUCUCACCCUUCUCUCACUCUCCUACUCAUCUCUGUUAUAGAGUGCCCAAUUGUGAUUCUUCUCUAUAGUCGGCACCGGAAGAAUCGUGAAGAAUGCUCGUACUUGAAAGCCGUAGGACGAGGGCUACUAGGACUUCCUGUUGGGGCUCUAGUAAUUUCUUUGGGAGCUAUUGCAUUGGGCGCACCUGUUGGCACUCGAUACUUUUUAACGACCAUUAACUGGUCUCUGUUGAUGUCAUUGUUCACUAUUGUGCCUGCAGUUUCUGUAUUUGGUUCAUCGUGGAAGGACUGGCAACGGAUAUUUGCACACACAAAUUGUCGGCCAAUUGGAUCUUUAGAUUUUAUGAUUUGCCUACCGGCACAUGGAGCUAUUAUUGGGGCUUGGCUUGGGGCUUGGCCAAUGCCGCUUGAUUGGGAAAGGCCAUGGCAGGAAUGGCCUAUUUGUGUGAGUUAUGGAGCAAUGGCUGGGUACCUAGUUGCCCUGGUGGUGUCGUUUAGCCUUAUCCUUGUGUGGGCUAGGUUUGAGCAUGUCAAACGAGACUAACAAGCAUGUCUUCAAUUACCUUAAAAGGAAAAUAUAUGCAUUUCUGGAAAUGUUUCUUCUUAGAGCUGGUUUGGAUUCAGAGAUGAGAUGAGAUGGUUUUAGAUGAAAAAUGAAAAUUGAAAAAAAUAUUAUUUUUUAA